UGCGCUGCCAGGGCCAGGAGAACAUGUCGGUCACUGGGGUGCGAUUCUACCAUGGGGACAAGGAGGUGGGGAGGUCCCUCAACGGGACCGAGCUGUCCUUGUCCCCUCUGCAGCUGCACCACAGCGGCCGCUACAGCUGCGGCGGCUGGGUGGACUCCAAGGUGGCACCGUGGGCGCUCUCAGCGCCAGUGACAGUGACAGUGCACGAACUCUUCACAGUGCCAGUGCUGGAGGGUCCCACCGAGCCCAAUGUGGGAUCCCCCCUGAAUCUCAGCUGCCUCAGCACCCCCAGCACCCUGCGGCCCCAAGCCCCCCUCCUGCACAUGUUCUACCGUGACAGGCAGGUGGUGGGGGGCCCGCAGGGGUCCCCGCAGCUGGUGGUGCCCGCCGUGGGGGUCUCCCACUCGGGGAAUUACAGCUGCCAGGUGCGGUCCAAGGUGGGGGAGGUGUGGAAGAGCAGCGCCUGGCUCCGCGUCAUGGUGCGCAUAGCUGCAGGGCUCAGCGGGUCCUUGCUGUUCCUGCUCCUGCUCCUGGCUGUCAUUGGGGGCUGGUACCAGUGGCACCAUCGGGCCCUCAGGAAGCAGCAAGAACGGGCCCCCCCAGAGCCCUUGGCCCCUCCAGAGGUGGGGGAGGUGCUGUACAGUGAUGUCGUGAGCACCAAGAAGGCAGGUGGGCCCCCCCGCACCACAUCCCCCCAAGUGACCUACGCGGAGCUGCCACGACCCCACAGGAGGCAGCGGGACCCCAGUGACAUCUCUGAGAACGUGCUGUGACACUGGGGGAACUGGGGGCACUGGGGUCCC